AUGGCAUCUUCACCAACCAGUGGUCUUGUCAAUAAUAACAAUACAUCAGCAGCUACCAUUAAUAAACUCAAGACGACAGCUACGACGUCUAGCAGUAGCAGCAGUAGUCUUGAAAAUGGUUCGAUAUCGUCUCAUACGACACAAUUUGACUCGGGGCCUUCCUUGGUGGACAUUUUCUACUCAGCCAAAAAACUACUAAAUUUACAAACAAGGCUAGAAAAUCGUCAGUUGCGUAAAGUUAAUAGCAAAACUCAGCUAAAUCAUAUUGCCUAUAGUGAGAAUGUGCGUGGGGUUGAUUUUGCAGCCUCGCCUAGUUCAAAUAGAGAGCAUCACCAAACUGACAGUGGAAGCUCUCAACAUGUUUUGGACUUAUUAUCGCCCUUAUCGAUAGAUGACUUGCACAAUGCCACAAUAAAACCAUCCUCUUAUCACCACUGCCAAAAUAAUACAGCCUCCGAUGACGGAAAGAGUAUAAAUCAACCAUCAAGUUCUCAUAAAAAUGCACAAAAGACAUUGACACCAAAAUCGGACUCAAGCAUAGCUUCUGUGCAUAGUUCAAACUCUUCCAUCAUCUCAACUAACUCGUCAAUACCGUCUGAGACGGAGACAAUAAAACCACAACCACAACCACAGUCACAGGCACAGGCACAGUCACAGUCACAGUCACAGUUACAGUCACAGUUACAGCCCCAAAAAUCAAAUCUAACCACUUCUUUAUCAAAGCUAAAAAAUGUACAAUCACAAUCCACAAGUGUACUACUGUCUCAACUUAAUUCAUUGUCUACUCAAUCUGGAGGAGAGAACACUACUAUAUGCUUCAACUGCAAGACUCACAAGACCCCAUUGUGGAGAAAGGAUACCGAGGGUAAUACACUAUGUAACGCUUGUGGAUUGUUUUUGAAAUUACAUGGAACAACCCGUCCCUUAUCGCUAAAAACAGAUGUUAUUAGAAAGAGAAACUCAAGGAAAGCAACAACUUUGCCGAAUGGUCAAACGAGCUCCAUAGGCUCUGCUCCAACAGGAGCAACUUUUUCACGUUUCAUAGGAGGAAGCACUAAUAUCUCGCAAUAUUCAACAAAGUCUGAGUACAUGAGCCAAAAGAGGCAAACUCCAAUAGCAAUUGCUCCAUCGCCAAUACCGUCAGGGUCCUCUGUUCCUAAUAAUUUUAUGAAUGGCUCAUUGUCAACCUCAAGUCAAAGAAUCAAAAACGUUUUGAUUCUACCCAAACCACAAAGCUCCUCAAAUUUAAACAGUUCAUUUAAAAGUAAGUCGAUUGCUAUUCCAUCGUCUUCAUCGUCUUCGUCUAAUCAAUAUCAUUCAAAGCUGGAAACAUCUCCAGCUUCUGUCACAUCCUCGCCAGCUUCUUCAUACUCAUACACUGUGAAUAAUAAUCAACCAUUUAAAAGAAAAAAGUCGGAGGUGAAUAUUCCAGCUGUCGUAUCAGGUUCCAAUACUGCUAUUACUACUGCUGCUGCUACUACUACUACUACUACUACUACUACUACUACUACUACUCCAUCCUCUUUCUCAGCCAGAAAUAGAGAAUCUUCGACGACAUCAUUGACUGGGCAACAGCAGCAGCAGCAGCAGCAGCAACAGUUUUCUCUUAAAAGGAAUAACUCAUUAAUUUCAAGCACGUCAUUAAGUAGAAGAACCUCACUAGUUAAUAUUCCAAGUGGUAGGAAGAGUAUUUCUGCUUCAACGCCUACUAGUUCUGUUAUUUCAAACAACAAUAUUUCCACUUGGAACCAAAGAUUUCCUCAACCAAAUUAUUUUGAUGUACCGCAGCAAUAUCAACCAGAGCAGCAAACGCAAACGCAAACGCAACUAUCAACGGGUCUCCAAAUGAGUAUCCAGUAUCAACCAAACCUCUCGAGAAACAAUAGUAGUAACACAUUAUUGAAUGGGAGCAAUCAAACCUUUACUAAUCAUGAUUAUAUGGAUACUCCAGGUUCAUUGAACUCGCCUGUUAGUAAAAGAAGUGUUAAUCAAAGCGACGGAGUAACUCCAACUUCCAUACCUGAGACUCCAAUGAACGUUUUAGAUUAUUUGCCUUCCUCCAUUCCAUCAUCUGGUAAUAAGAUGUUCAGCAAGUUAUCAUCGUCAUUAACUAAUCAGAUGAGGCAACAGCAGCAACAGCAGCAACAGCAACAACAACAACAACAACCGCUUAACGCUGCGCACCUGAUGAAGCUGAGAGUUUUAGAAGAAUAUCGAUCACGUAAGCCAACAUUCAACCAUCAUCAAGGUAUUGAUGAUGAGUUGGUGAUGAUGAUAAACGAUCCAUAUUCGAGUAUUUUGAAUAUGGAUAUUGGUGGAGGUGUUGGUGGUGUUGCUACUAUUCCGGAACUUGAGCCUAGUGGUUUGGGGAUGAGCGAUGAUGAUUUCUUCAAGAAUUUUACCAGUUUGCAUAAUGAUGAAGAAGAGAGUGAUAUUUGUUUAGAUUUGGUGGAUUUCAAUAAUGCUUUUGAUGGUAAGCAGCAGCGGCAGCAACAACAACAGCAACAGCAACAGCAGCAGCAGCAGCAACAGCAACAGCAACAGCAACAGCAGCAGCAGCAGCAACAACAAACACAGCGAGCGCCUCCACUUAUUUCAUCAUUACAUUUCACUAAUGAUGGUAUUGGGUUUGAUAAAAUGGGUGAUCACGGAUCGAAAGGAACGACAUCUGCUCCUACUACUGAUUCAACUACUGCGACUGCGGAAUUUAAGGAUUUGGAUUGGUUGAAGUUUGAAAUAUAA